AUUGCAGAGAAAGUGGAAAAGUCGAAGAAAAGACUUAAAGAUCCCAUGGGCAAACAAAGAAGUCGUAUUACCAAAUUUAUUGCUCAAAACAAGUUGAGACAAGAAUUUGUUCCUCUGUUGGGGGGAAGUAUGUUGAUUUACUCAAGGCGGAGCCUCUACAAAACACUUCUUUCGCUUCUCGCUGAACCACAAAAGAAAGACCUUGUGUAGUCUCCCACACUUGACGUUUCAGGCACUUCAAAACUGCAAGCAGAAGGGAACUGUCUGGAAGAUCAGAGACUGUUGUUGCUUCCUUGAGGUGAGUCUGGUUUGUGUCCUGCAUUGCAACAGAGAGUGCAGCUGAAAACCAGUUCUGCCAAGCAUUGGUUGUGUAUUACAUUCUCAUAUGGAUUCACGUGGCUUGAAUCAAAGUACUUUUGUUGGCAUUUUGCCACUUUUAUAAAGGAACUUCUGAAUAUCAACUCUCUUUCAAAGGGGUCAGUUGUGAAACUUCACACUUUGGCAUUUGUUGUAGUAAAUUCAGAGAUGCAGUUUCUAUUUACUCAAGAGUUGAGGUGCGCAUUGAGCAAGUGGAAAAGCUAAAGACCUCAUGCCAA